AUGCCUAAACCUCGAUCUCCUAGACGAACUCUGCCUUCCAAGCCUUACUCCAAGCCUCCUAAACGAACACCACACCUUCCUGAAAAGUUUAAGCCCCAGAAACCUGGGCAUCAAUUUGACAACUGCUACAACAUCAACUCUAGAGUCGAUCAAUAUGUCCGUCAGAUGCUCUUUGAAGUCAAGGCCGAAGUAAUUGACUACGAUCUCGCAGUUGCCAAUUUCCUAUUCGAAACCAGCCAUCUGGCCCUUCCUGACAUACCACGUUCUGUAGAAAUAGUGCUGAACGAUUUCGAUGUUCUCUUUCCACUGGUCAGUCGCGAUCACGACGUCCUGACUUGUGCUCUUCAAAUUCAAUCAACUCUCAACCUUCAUCGCCAAAACCCUUCAACAACCACCAAACCGUUCGCCCUCCUCUUUCCAAACAUCAAUUCUUUGAAGAAGCUUAUAUCUGAAAGGUCCAAAUCACCGAGAGUUUUAGAAUCUGAAAAGGCUAUUGUUCUGGUGGAUUUGGAAGGACGAUUUUUGGCUAUGGGGCUUCCUCCUAGUCCUAAGUACAAGAAACAGACCGAGAAUCAAAAGUCUUGCCCACACAAGCCUGACAACCAUUUACCCAAAGCUGAUGAUGAUUCGCCUGAGGGUGUGGUAGGAAAGUUUCCCGGGAUAUGCGGGGUUAAGGGAGGAUGUUCAAGAGAAGAACGAGGGGUCGAUGAUGGCGAUAAUGACCCUACUGGCGUAGCUGCAAGAGGGGCGGAGUUAGAGGGUAGAGAAGCAGAAGAUGGGGCAACUACGUCGUGUAUCGUCGUUCUCCGCUCUCUGCAUUCGAUGAUGAAGGAUAAUUAUAGAUCUGCAGAAUCGACAACGUUGGGAGGAAUCGACAAGGCGAUUGUUGGAGUGACUGCUACCACAUUGUGUUGGCUGCAGCCCAAUGCCCGUCCUGAUAGAAAAAUACAACUAGGUUUUGAUCGCCAAGGCUACAACCUUGAUGAUCUUGGUGACUGGCCCACAUCGGACAGUCACCUCCCUGUAGCUAUGGGCCUUGGAGAAGAAUCUCUUUUCAUGCACACUGACAAUGCACACCGCCUACAAGAAUUACACUGGGCUUACGAAGUCUCCCGGGUUGUGAAUGCCUCAGUACAGCCUGAAACGUACAAAAUCGCCGAGGAUGUAGUGAAAUUUGUGGCCAAAAACUCUGGACCAUUUGUGUCUGAGCGGCUUGAGAGGUCGCACAAUCGCAUCAUUCAUGGUCAGCAUGUCAACCAUAACAACCAGGUCGCCCCGCACAGGGAUGGAAAGAAUUGCAACUUAAUCGACUCUGUCUUUGCUUAUGGAAGGGACUACGCCGGGGGACGCUGGCUUUUUGCAUCACUUGGUGUAAGCUUGUGCACUGAUCCAGGUUACUCGGUCCAUGCGUUUUUCAAGUACCUUGAUCAUGCAGUUGAUACUAUCCUACCCACAUCGGAAAAACCCCCACUGCGGAUAUCCCUUGCCCUAUACUCGCAUGCUGAUGUUUAUUCGGGACCUGCUAGAGUUGCCGGAGCAAGAGUUGGAAAAUACAAUGAUUCCUCCAAGGUGACUAACACAAACAAAAUGGUUUUCUGGUAUCAGAGCAUUGUUGAGAAUCUUAAGCCUAAAGCCUUAAACUUAAGUGGGGAAAACCUAGCCACCAGGCAAAACCCCUGUAGACUUGUUUAUUACGUAACAGAUUGA